CUAUCGUAUUAAAUUUACGCCUUCAAAAAAUGUUGUUACUCAUAACAGCAAGUAAACCUCUCAACGCAGCUCUUAGGAAAUGCGAAAGCGAGUAAACGAAGCCAAGAUAGGUGAAAAAUUACUAUAAAAUUUUCUUUGGAAAUAUGGCAAAAGUUAAGGCUCGCGAACUGCGGGGGAAAAGGAAAGAUGAGGUAUUAAAGCAGCUAGAGGAGCUGAAACAGGAAUUGGCUGCAUUGCGAGUGGCAAAAGUCACAGGUGGAGCUGCAUCAAAGUUAUCCAAGAUCUACAUUGUCAGAAAAUCUAUAGCAAGAGUUUUGACAGUGAUGAAUCAAAAUCGUAAAGAAAAUCUGAGGAAACUGUACAAAAACAAGAAAUACAAGCCAAAGGAUUUACGGCCAAAAAAGACCAGAGCUAUGCGCAGAGCUCUGACAAAAAGGCAACAAAAUCUGAAGACUCCAAAAGAGUUGAAGAAGAUACGUGCAUGGCCUUUAAGGAAGUUUGCUGUAAAAGCUUAGAUGACUAUUAAAAGUUCUUAAAAAAAA